AUUUUUUUUUGACACAGAGACUGUGCGUGUCCGUGUGCGUGCGUGCGUGUGUAUAGGUGAGGCAGGGAAUAAUCGUCGUCGUUAUCAUCCGCAUCACAAUGGUGGUCGUUCUCGGGUGAAGGGGAGGGGCGUAAAGAGAGGACGGGGUGUGUGUGUGAGAGAGAGAGAGGGAGAGGUGGUGGUGGGGGGGUAAAGGCGGUUUCGUCCGUCGCGCACUGGAAAGGGAGAGUGUGAGAGAGAAGAGCGAGAGGCCCCGGCUUGGCCCGGUCUACAUCGGCCUUUCCGUUCGGGGCCCGAUCUCUCUGUGGCGGCGAGCAGCCGGUUUGGUUAAUGGCCGCGGCGACCUUUCAGGUUUCAAUGUGACCUGCUUCACGGAAUAAGAUUUUGUGCGGGGGAAAGUCAUUCAGUAUUUGACUAUUUUUAGAUUCUUAAGUAAAACUGAGGUACAGAGAGGUAACGCUGGGGAAGUUGAACGUAGUACAAUACAUUGGGAUUGACAUGAGAAGCGUUAACUCGAGAAGCAACAAGAGACUGCAGUGUUGUCAUGCUCAUUCUUACCUUGAGGUAGCAGAUGAAGAUGGAAAAUGAAUAGAAGAAAUUCCACUACCAAGAAAGGAAGAAUGCAACCUUUGGAUGAAGAAGGACAACACAGCUUGGAAUGCAUCCAGGCCAAUCAGAUCUUUCCCAGAAAGCAACUAAUCCGAGAAGAAGAGAGCCUCCAGGUUCCUUUUCCCGAACUUCAUGGCGAGAGUACAGAAUUCAUUGGGCGUGCCGAGGAUGCUGUUAUUGCUUUGUCUAACUACAGAUUACACAUUAAAUUUAAAGAAACGAUUGUCAAUAGUAUUUAUCAAAAUACCUGUUGUGAAAUACAAAUUCCUUUGCAGCUGAUUGAAAACGUUGAAGGCCGUGAAAUGUUUCAGCUUCAUAUGACUUGUAAAGACUGCAAAGUUAUCAGGUGCCAGUUUUCUACCUUUGAGCAAUGUCAAGAGUGGGGAAAACGACUUAACAAUGUUAUACGUCCACCUGCAAAGAUAGAAGACCUCUUUGCCUUUGCUUACCAUGCGUGGUGUAUGGAUAUAUAUGCUAGUGAGAAAGAGCAACAUGGAGACCUGUGUCGACCAGGCGAACAUGUUGUUUCAAGAUUUAAAAAUGAAGUGGAAAGGAUGUGCUUUGAUGUGCAAAAUGCAUGGAGGAUCACAAAUAUCAAUGACAAAUACAAGUUAUGUGCUAGCUACCCACAGCAGCUGAUUGUACCAGCAUGGAUCACUGACAAAGAGCUUGAGAGUGUUGGCAGCUUUAGAUCAUGGAAGAGGAUUCCAACUGUUGUCUUCAGGCACCAGGGUAAUGGAGCAGUGAUUGCACGCUGUGGUCAGCCAGAGGUUAGCUGGUGGGGCUGGAGGAAUGCAGAUGAUGAGCACCUAAUACAGUCUAUUGCAAAAGCUUGUGCCAUGGACACCAGUUCUACCAAACAUGUGAAUGGCAACUGCAUAAGAGAUUUUCCAAAUGGCAGUGAUCUGUCUGAUGGAGAAUUUGAUUCUUCAAUGACUAAUGCCUCUGGAGUAGAAAAUCUAUGUAAUCCUCCACAGAAGCUCCUGAUAUUGGAUGCUAGGUCGUAUGCUGCAGCUGUGGCUAACCGGGCAAAGGGUGGUGGGUGUGAAUGCCCUGAAUAUUACCCAAACUGUGAAGUGGUAUUUAUGGGUAUGGCAAACAUCCACUCCAUUCGGAAGAGUUUUCAGUCGCUAAGGCUGCUCUGCACACAGAUGCCAGAUCCUGCCAAUUGGCUGUCAGCACUAGAAGGAACCAAAUGGCUGCAGCAUCUCUCCAUGCUAUUAAAAGCAGCAGUGCUGGUAAUAAAUGCAGUUGACCGAGAUCACCGUCCUGUUUUAGUGCAUUGUUCUGAUGGAUGGGACCGAACACCACAAAUAGUUGCUCUAUCAAAGUUAUUGCUGGAUCCUUUCUACAGAACUGUAGAGGGUUUUCAGGUACUGGUGGAAACAGAAUGGCUGGAUUUUGGUCAUAAGUUUGCUGACCGUUGUGGUCAUGGUGAAAAUUCAGAUGACCUAAAUGAACGCUGCCCUGUGUUUCUUCAAUGGCUGGAUUGUGUCCAUCAAUUACAGAGACAAUUUCCUUGUUCAUUUGAGUUUAUUGAAGCAUUCCUUGUUAAAUUGGUGCAGCAUACUUACUCCUGCCUUUUUGGAACAUUCCUGUGUAACAGUGCAAAAGAACGUGAAGAGAAACAUAUUCAGGAAAGAACCUGCUCGGUUUGGUCCCUUCUGAGGCCAGCUAACAAAGCCUUUAAAAAUCUCCUGUACACCUCACAAUCUGAAACUGUGCUACAUCCAGUGUGCCAUGUAAGAAAUUUGAUGCUUUGGAGUGCGGUUUACCUUCCUAAUUCAUCUCCUUCCACACCUUCUGAAGAUCACUGUGCACCUUACCCAGUGCCCGGUUCCAGUCCUGAAGAACAGCCACUGGGAAGAUUACCAAAGACGAGAUCAUUUGACAACUUGACGACUGCUUGUGAAAAUCCUGGACCUGCAGCAAACAGACGCUCCAGUGAUCCGAGCCUAAAUGAGAAAUGGCAGGAACAUCGCAAGUCGUUGGAACUCACCAGUGUUGGCAUAGGAGGAGUGAUGGACGGGACUGGAUUAAAUGACUCAUUCAACAGUGAAGCACUGGAACUGGGAAAGCUGGGAAAGAACUUAUUGGGAGCUGAGCUUUCUGUUGCUGCUGGUGUUGGGGAAGGACAGAUGGAGAAUAUUUUACAGGAAGCCUCGAAAGAAGAUAGUGGGAUAGAGGAAAUGUUAAAGGAAUGUGCUGUAUCACAACGGAAACAAGAGGUGACUUCUUUGAAUGUUGAGCCUGAUCUAAACAGUGGCAUAACACAUGAACCAGUAACAUUUGUCACUGAUUCCUUAGAGACAUUUCCAAAUGAUGAAAUGCAAAGCACUGAACCUAUUUCCGAAUCGAAUUCGGGUUCAGAAGAAGAAGCCCAGGAUGAAAGAUCGCCCAUUGAUUACAGUGUUCAAAUGUUACCAUCUAUCAGAAUGAUUGCUUCUAAUAGUUCCUCAAUUUACACAACACAGUGUACUGAAACAGAGGACGUCAGUGGCCUAAAUACUGAACCAGAAAAUUAUUACACUACACCAGAACCCAGUCCACCGUUCAUGACCACAUCAGACAAACUAGAAGAAAAGCUAUCUGCAUUAGAAAGUUCCACUGAAACUUUAAUGGAAGAUGGAGCAAAACAGGAGAUGACAGAAAGCUACACCAAUAAUAAUAAACUGUAUUUGAAUUCCAAGGCCAAUGAAACCAUGGUACCCGCUGUAGAUUCUGAAAAUAGUUUAUCGCAGUUUUUGACGGAGACCCCAGACAUGGAAGUGAAAUCAAGACCCGAGAAUGAUCUACAUAGGACUUCAGAUAACGGUGUUCAGAGCAGACAGCCUCCUCCUCGUGCCUUGCCAUUAAGUGAAUGUAAAGAUGGAUUUUUUCCUAAUGGAGAAGUUGACAGUGAGACUACAAUCGUGGAGAGAGCUGCAGAGUUUGGGAAUGGUACUCCAAGGAAUGUCACAGCUAAUGGACUCUGUAUAAAUGGAGAUGAAGUGAGGGGAAAAGUGGUGUUGAGUAGACAAGUUUCAGCAGCAAGUUGCAGCUCCUUGCAAUUUCCAUCUGGUUAUCAUAGAAACUCCCAACCCAAGUGGACACACUGCUACUCGAGCAGGCAGCAGCCAAUAGGAAGCCCGGAUCAGCCGACACGAAGCCACUUAGAUGAUGAUGGACUUCCCACAUAUAAUGACAUUAUCCAGCAGCGACUGCGUCAGAUAGAGGCAGGACAUCAACAGGAGGUAGAGACUUUGAAAAAACAGCUGCAAGAACUGUGGAGCAGGCUGGAGUGCCAGCAUUUUAGUAAUUCAUCUCUGCGCUUUAAUGGAGAAUUUAGCGAUGAAGUGACCUCUAUCCCAGACUCUGAGAGCAAUAUGGAUCAGAAUUGUUUAUCCCGCUGUAGCACAGAGAUUUUCUCAGAAACAAGUUGGGAACAAGUGGAUAAACAGGACACAGAGGUAACUCGAUGGUACCCUGAUCAUUUGGCUGCACAUUGCUAUGGCUGUGAAAGUCGAUUUUGGCUAGCUAGCAGAAAGCACCACUGCAGGGACAGGGAACCUGUUGAUGACACACGGAAUUGUGGGAACGUGUUCUGUUCAAAUUGCUGCAACCAGAAGAUCCCAGUGCCCAGUCAGCAGCUGUUUGAGCCUAGCCGUGUGUGCAAGUCCUGCCAUAACAGCCUUCAGCCCAAUGGAUCUACGUUGGAGAUAGAACUGGACAAACCCAUUGCAGCUUCUUCAAACUAAAAUAGGGCACCAAUGCCUUUUUCCUCCCACAAACACGCACACUUAAGAGAAAAAUGCAUCAGAAGCCAAGCACUUUGGGUUACUGUGCAUUUGAGACAGGACUGGAUGCACAGUAUUGCUUGGAGGUUCUAUCAGGAUGUGGUGGAUGGAGUCAUAUUUGAAUGGGAUAACUUUAAAGCUAGUUGGAAAUUUUAUUUCUGGUGGCUUGUGGCAAUUGGAACAGAGCGGGCAGUACAGUACAUUACUGUAUUAACCAAAGGCCUUAGACUUGCAGCAGCGGUAAGCAGAUUUUGUUGGACAAUUUGCAUCAGCACAGUACUCCCUCUAAAUGCUUAAUUGAAUAUUUGUAAAAUCUUAAAAUAUAGAUCAGUGUUAAUUAUCGUCCUUUUUAAUGAAACAAAUUAAGAGUUUGGCAUGUACAGAGAAGUAUUAUAAAUGCCCUAUGGUUGAAGCGAAUUGAAUUUACUGUGGACUGAUGGGUAUUGAAGGAAUGAGAUGUUUUAAGCUUUGUUUACACAAUGUAUGUGAGCUCAAAAGUUUUUUUUUGGUCGUCUACUCUUAGAAACAGGGUUUCUUUCGAGCCUGGUGAAUAAACCUUUUACUGCUAUGAUUCUGAAAUGCGAAGGAAGGUUAGAGGAGGUCAAGAACUGAGACAGAAGUUCUAGAUGCUGUAGGUGCCAAUUGGUAUGAUACGGGUUGCAGGGGAUUGUGUUGUAAAUGCAUUUUUGACGAUUUUUGUCAUUUUGUUUCUUUCAUUUAAGCACUUUUUUUCUCUUCAUAAAAGAGGACAAAAUGCUGUUGCUAGCCACAUAGCAUUCUCUCCUAAAUGACUUGAGUGUUCCUUGCCCCCACCCCCAGCGUGAGAUUUCUCCCAAGUUUUGUUUUUUUUAAAAAAAAGUAGAUGUUUUUAAAGAAACUUCAAACUUCAACAUCUGUAUAAAGCUUACGCUAACUGUCUUAUCAAUUUUGUUACUUUGUUAGUAAUAGUUGAACAGUGGUUAAUCAUAUUUGGCCGGUUGAAUAUACAGGUUAAAAAUGAAACACCAAGUGCUUUUCCCCACCCACCCCGACUUUGAAAUUUAACCUAGUGAUUGGGUGUUUAAGAAUGAGCCAUGAAGUGUGCUUUUCUCUUUCUCCCUACUUAUUUUAAACUGUUCGACAAAUGAACAAUCAUUGCAGCAAAAUUUGGACUGCAGACAUUUUAGCAUCAGCCAUUUGCUUUCCAAACCGCCCUGAGCCUUCCCCCACCACUUGUGAGAGCAUAUUCUGCCUCCCAGGUGCAUUAAAGGUCCAUUUUAGGGCCAUAAAGCAAAGUGAUGUUUGUAACAAACAUAAAUAACCCAACCCAGCUCUACCUAUUGUAAUGUAAAAUUGGGGCUGGGGAUUUUUACCUUUGCUGUGCUUUUGAUUUAUUCUGGAAUCAUUUGUGCAUUUUUAAAGCGACUAACUAUUUUUAAAGCACACGAGUAAACCCAUCACACCAAAUAGUACUAUAUGAAAUGACAGCCCAUCCAUGCAGAAAAUCAAUUUAUUUUUAAUGCUUUUUUUUGUUAGUGGUAACCUGAUAUGAGAGACUGCACUUUAUCAUUUCUUUAGUUGCUUUGUUGAUAAUAUAUUACCACAUUUUACUAAACAAAUAAAUAUAUAUUGUAAUUUUUUUUCACGUUGUUUGACUUGAAUUUAAGAAUACACUUCAUCCUUGGUGCUUGAUCUCAUGCAAGCUGAAUGUGUUGAUUCGCUGGGGUUUGGAACUAAAAAGUUGAAAUGCUGCUAAACUUAUUUUUGAACAGUCUGACCUGUUUUUUUUCUUUCUCUUAUCCUUCGUUAAAUGACUGUUAUCCCUCGAUGGUAAUGGUACAUACUUCUGAUUGUACACUCAAGUGGAACUUAUAAAGUAGCACUUAAAGCCAGACUUUAAUUGCUUUUAAGAAACGAUACCACAAAGCUGGGUGUUGGAAAAAUGUAGCGCUUACCUGUUUGUAAGCUUUCAUGGCAUAUACUCUUUCUGUAGCCUCAGAAUGAUUUAUUUAAAUCUAAAUAAAUUUGUCAUUUUCAUAUAUGUUUCAUCUCAAA